CCGUUAUUUAGUAUUCUUUGCAAAUUUAAUACUCUUAAAUGCCCGCGCGAUAAAAUACCAAAUUCGAUAAAUAUGCAAGUUAUCGAUUUUGAAUUAGGCUAAUCGCCGAGGAACUAACUUGAGCACACUUUCAACAAAUGGAAGACAAGAGGGAGCUGCGAUCCUUGCUUCUGGCAACCAAAACAGGAAAACAACUUUCGGAAUAUCAUAUUAAAUUGCUGCAAAAGCAAAAUAUCAGCACAGCAGAAGAAUUUAUUGAUGCAGACAAUGUGCACACGAUCUUGGCGCUCGCCAGCGACACAACCGAGGAAAUUAAGCGGGAACUGUUGAAUUUAUAUGUGGGCAGGAUUAAGUUUAAGACACUCUACCAGUCGCAGCCCAUAAACUACUCAACAGGCAUAGAGGACUUAGACAAAUUGCUGGACUCCAUUGGACAACCCUUUCGUCCAGGCCGUGUUUGGGAGCUCAUCGGCGAUAAUGAUGUGGGCAAAACCGAAUUGUUACACACACUGGCUGUAAAUUUCGUUUGCAAAUAUGGAGAGCAGCAGCAGGUGCUGUUUGUGGACACCAACUUGGACUUUGAUAGCGAACGCUUGGAGGAGAUUUUGUUGGAAAGGAAACAACUGAGCGAGGCAGCUAUAGACAGAUCUUUGGAUGCGAUUAAUGUUGUGCAAGCAACCACAGCUGAAUCUUUGAUUGCAGCACUGGCAGCUCUACUCGAGAAGCUAGCCAGUCCCAAUGCCAAAUUUGAGGCCGUCUCGCGCAUAAAAGUGGUCCUCAUUGAUUCCCUCACAGCCUGUUACAUCUUAUAUCGCAGCAGUUAUGGACGCAACAAGGGACGUAGAUUCCUAACAGAGUUGGCGAUGAUUAUACGAAAGCUGGCUGUACAGCACGGCAUUGCUUUUAUCAUAGGCAACAUGACGUUCUCCCCGGACGAUGAGACCAACGACAUGGGCGAGGAUGAGGAUGUAGACAACGAAGGGGGUUCGACCCAAAAAAGCACAGAUGCACAAGAGGACUGCAGCUUCUUGGGUGACUAUUGGUGCUCGGUCUGCACGCUGACUUUGGUCCUGGAGCUGCCGGAUGAGUCCCACUGCGACGGCGACGGGCUGCGGCUGCUCAAGGUGCUUAAUAAUAACUUCGGCAUUAGCGACGGCAGCUGCUUGUUGCGCAUCACAGACGCCGGCGUCAUUUGAACUUAGUUGGGCGGACGACGUGCUCCAGUGGCCAGGUGUUGUUGCUGAUUUAGAUGAAUCGCUAUAAUCAGCGACAAGCGACAUUGUUUACGUUUUUAUCAACAAUAAUCAGUGUGACCGCAGUGCUCGGAUGGUAAAAAGUAAAAUACCAAACGGAAAAUAUACUAAACUGCUGUACAGCACUGUGCGAUACUUAAAAUUGUUUUAAAGAUGUUAAAUAAAAUUAAGUUACAAUAAUAAACUUUUUACACACACACAAAGUAGCUUACAAAAGAUAUUUUCAGAACAUAUUCGUUUCAUUUUUAAUGAGUCCGUUUUAAUUCAUAAUACAUACGUUUAAUCACUUUAUGCAUGCUUUAGUUAAGGUGUAUAUGCAUGUAUGGUAUGUAUAUAUAUAUAUAUAUGUGUGUGUGUGUGUGUGUAUGUAUAUUCGCUAAUUACUAUUUAUACAAUUUAUAUAAAUAUAAAAAAUUAAACGUUUCCAUAGACUUUGUUA